AUGAGUUAAGAAGUAUAGGAGCUAUAAGAAGCAUUAGAGUAUUAGGUCGAUGUUGUAUUGAGACUUGAGGAUGAACGAUUACUACUAUAAAAAGAGAAUAAUAUACAAAAGGAAAAGUUGAAAGAAUUGAAUACAAUGUUGCAAAAGUACCUUGGAUAAUAAUUACUUUGUAUUGAAAAACACACCUAAACUGAAUUGCAAGUAAAGUAGAACUUUGAUGUACAAACACAAGAAGAUGAAAUCAUUUCAGACUAUUCACUAAGUAAUUCCACAGUAUCAGUGAUCAAUUAACAAUCCUUUACUUAAUAGUAGGAUUAAUCAAAUUCUUCUAAAUUAUUGGAUUAAGCAAAAUCAUUAGUGAAGUAAUCUGCUUCAAGAAUCCCAGCAAAAAAAUUAAAAUUUUGUGGAGAUAAUUAUAAAGAGAAUAAGGAUAUUAAGGACAAUUAAGAAAAAAAAGAAGUAAAACCAGCAAACACAAAACAAUUAGAUUCUUAAAGUGAAGCAUUAACUAGAGAGAUUGUUAAUUUAACCAAAUAAUUACAAUAAUUAAAAUUACAAUAAAGAAGUUCAUAAGACACAAUUAAAAAAUAUGAAAAAGACAGUAGUGAAUUAGUUAAAUUAUUAGAAGUGAAAAAUGAAAUGUUAAACAAGUUAAGAAAUGAAAAUGCAGAAAUGGCUAUUAUAAUUAAUUAGGAUAAAUUUAAAAGUGUCCGCUAGUUAGAUUAAGAGUUAAAAAAAGAGAGGGAUGAUAAAGUUAAAUUUUAAGCAUUAGCUACUUAAAAAACAGAAGAAAAUUAACAUUUAGUGGAAGAACUUAAGUAAUUCAGAGAAGUUUUAUCAAAAUUAACUUAUGAAUUUGAAAAAUAUAGAAGCACAUAUAAUCAAAGCAACGUGAGUCAAUCUAAAAUAGAAGCAGUAGAUACUACUUUCUAUUAGGAAGAAUUAAAAAUUAAAGCUUCCACUAUAAAUGAAUUAAAAUUGUAAAACUAGUAGUUACAAGAAGAAGUCGACUACUUUAGAAGCUUAAGCUUGCAACAAAAGAAGAUUGCAGAAAAAUAAGAAGAAGACUUAGACUUUUAUAGAGAAAUCCUAAUUAAGCAUAAAAUAAUUAAAUAAUGA